CUCAUUAAUAUCUAUGAAUGAAAUUAUGUUCAUGGUUUGCUUCUUCUCUUCUAGCGAGAGCGUUAUCUUCCUCUUUAGCAUGCUUGGUAAUAUUUUCUUUAAAUAUAGCUGCUUUCUUGUUCUCUUGUGAGACCUUCAUCAUCCUUGCUCUUCUCUCCAUAUGAGAAUGUGCGUCUCUUUCCUGCAUCAUCCUAAGAUGGCUGAGCAUCUUCCUGUCUUCAGCUUGUGCUUUCCUUUUCUCUUCAGCUCUGAUCUGUUGCUUGACCUGCAUCUGGAGGUCAGCUUCAGCCUUGAGUCUUAUCUGCUGCUCCUUCUUCUCCUCUCUAGUGUUGAAAUGGUUUACUCGCAUGUAGUUGUUGUAGGCUCCAAUCUUUUGUUUCUUCACUUGAUCCUUGACCACAGCCUUCUUCUCCUGUAGGUCCUGGAACGUGUGGUUCUUGUCCACAGUCUUUGUGGUCUUCCUAGACAGAAUGCCCUGACGGCUGUACAGUCCUGAUUUCUCCAUUAUGUUA